GACAUACUUUGGAUGCUGCACAGUACUUGUUGACCGGUGGACCUGUAGACACUAUUGUGUGCAUGCAUAUAUAUUUACUUCCCUUUUUGUUCUUUUGUAUUUAUGUAUUAAUUUGUUAAAAUCGAUUGGCUUAGUCAAACCCAAAAAUACACUAUACACAUGGAACAAUACAUGACAGACUCAUCAUUCAUUCGAAAUAAUGAAUUGUCAGUAGACGUGGAUGCCGCAUUUUCACUAUCCCGUUUAAAUCACCUAAAUGCCUGAUAUUCGGCACAUUUUUUUCUAUUCAGAAUAUACUUCAGGAUUAUCUCAGGUGUCAGUGAAGUAGCUUGAAUGAAUGGUGACCACACUGUUUGCUCAUCUCAUGCUACAGCCUUAUUAAAAUCAAGAUUCGUUUCGGUGUUCAAUCUAUAUAUUUAUUUCGGAAAAACUACGUCCAUGAAUUCUAUGUAAGAUCACGUAUUAAAAACAGUAAUGACAGAUCUUUCGGCAUAAUGUCUUAAGUUUCCACCCAUUGUUCGAAGCGGUUCAAUCCUGUUUUGAUGCAGUGUCUAGCCGUUCUUGUCUCUGAUUGGUGGAGGCGUCAACGUGUCUUCUAUGACAUCAUGCUUUUGCGGAAAGUGAGAAAAACAGCAGCAACUUUGCACCAUGGCUGUAGUAUGCAACCUAUGUACAUACUUUAGCUAAAUUUAAAUGCAUUCAGUGGUCCAAUAUUCAGUUGUUAAGGCUGACUGACAACCUCUUUGUUUUUUGUUUGUUUGUUUGCAUAGACUGUUGAACUCAUCACACUUGAAAUUGUUCACUCAUGGCCUUUCUAAAAUUGAGUAAAUAUAUUCGUGGGUUAUCUCGUUUCGUACUGUACAUUUAUAAACCCUCGUUUGCAUGUUUAUGACGAAAAUGUCUCACGAGCUGUUUUGAUAACUGCUGGUCCUUCUGUAGAAGUUUCCAUAAUUUGUUUAUCCGCUCUGACUGUUUAAGUCACUUUUUAACGCACAAAAGCAAUAAAUAAAUAAAUAAACAACUGUAUAUUUUCACUCCAGUUAACGCAGUUAGUUGUUUGACAUUUUUAAUUUUCUCGUACAGCGCGUUCCACAGUUUCUGUAACUGCACGGAGCUCAUGAAUAUUUAAUGAGCUAAGCAACCGAGGCAGUUUAUUGGUCGUCUGUUGCCAAACAACUUGCUGUAACGUUCUACCACCACCGCAUCGUUCCACACUGUAACGUUAGCUUGAAAACACAGGGUUAAAAAUUACAAGUGUGAAAGGUUGCUUAACCCAGUGGUUACAUUAAUACAUCCGAAUUGUAUAAUAACUUUUACAUUCAUUCGCUUUUUUCUUUUUUUUUUUUUUUUGAGAAGUUUUAGUUAGCCUGAGGUGGCUUCUAGUACAGAAAAUCUAGUCAAUAUUUGCCUAAUGUUGAAACUCUUUGUAUACAAAUCAAAUAGUGCAUGUUAUGACCUUGUUAGUUCCAUGCAUGUUGUAAUUAAAAAAAAAAAAAUUAAUUCCCAUGUAAAAAUCUAAUCUAAGUCAUAUCUAAUUGUCUUUGCUGCUUCUGUAUGAGUGAUUGGUUACAAUAAAAGUCGAUUUGUUAUUGAAACUGGUCGGUUUUCUGUCGUUUUUGAUUACUGGUGUGUGUUUUUUGGUAUAUUUCUCUCACGUGUUUUGCUGAAUGGGAGAAUACUCUUGAGGUCCACGCCGCAGCACACGCGUUGAUUCAAUGGGAGGCUGCCUGCCGCACACUGAAUAGAUGAUGAUAACUCUGAGGAGGGACUCACCACUAUUCAUUCAGGAAGACAUGAGUAUGCAUUCAGCUUUGAGCUUCCACAAACACCUCUGGCUACCUCGUUCGAAGGAAAGCAUGGCAGUGUGCGCUAUUGGGUGAAGGCUGAGCUGCACAGGCCGUGGCUUCUGCCCAUGAAGACCAAGAAAGAGUUCACUGUCUUUGAACACAUUGACAUCAACACUCCUCUCCUGCUGUCUCCCCAGGCAGGAACUAAAGAAAAGACGCUAUGCUGCUGGUUUUGCACCUCAGGUCCAAUCUCCUUAAGUGCCAAAAUUGAACGGAAGGGUUAUACUCCAGGGGAGUCCAUUCAAAUCUUUGCUGAAAUUGAAAACUGCUCCUCGCGUAUGGUUGUGCCAAAGGCCGCCAUUUACCAAACACAGACCUUCUUUGCCAAAGGGAAGAUGAAGGAGAUCAAGCAGUUGGUGGCCAACAUCCGAGGGGAGUCUCUUUCUUCUGGCAAGACGGAGACAUGGAAUGGAAAGAUGCUGAAGAUUCCCCCUGUAUCUCCCUCCAUCCUUGACUGCAGUAUCAUUAGAGUGGAAUACUCACUCAUGGUGUAUGUAGACAUCCCAGGAGCCAUGAACCUGUCUUUAAACCUGCCCCUGGUGAUUGGCACCAUCCCUCUCCACCCCUUCGGUAGCCGUACAUCUUCUGUGAGCAGCCAAUGCAGCAUGACCAUGAGCUGGUUAGGCUUGGCCCUCCCUGAGAGGCCUGAAGCUCCUCCAUCCUAUGCAGAGGUGGUCACAGAAGAACAGCGGCAGAGCUGUCUGGAAGUGUCAUCAGGGCGGGAGAACUUUGAUGGCCCGCUAUUUGCUUAUAUCCAGGAGUUCCGCUUCCGACCCCCUCCACCCUACUCCGAAAUUGAUCCACAUCCAGAUCAAGCCACAUCAACUGCGGAGCACAGACUCGACACCUGCCCGUCACGCUGAGAAAUGCAUGGCAUGAGUCCAAAGCGAUUGGGCUUUAGCAGCUUUCACUUUUGUUUAUCUCCCGAUGACAGCGAUUGGUCGCUUUGCUGUCACCACCGAGAGAAAACAACCCUCUAUGGGAAAACCAGAAGUAAGGGCGCAGGAGUCAUUGGCAAAUUACCCGACCCAGAUAUUCGGCCCCCGUGAUGGGACACGCCCCGUCGGACUUAGCCUGCAGAGCUUUGUCAAAGUAGUCAUUUUUCUCAUGCUUUUCGGUAAAGGUUGACAAAGAACACGCAGACCUUGUCCGAGAUCUGAAGAGAAAUGCAAGAAAACACUACGACCACAGCCAUUCAAGUACAGCUGAGAGAAACGCGAUUUUUGAUUUAGAUUUUUUUGCACAAGUUAGUUUUUCUUGCUUGCGUUUUAAAAUCAAUGAUUGUUCUAUUUCAGUUUUAGCCGUUUAGACUAUGCGAUUGCAGGCUCUUGCAUGAGCCACAAACAAUGCAGAGAAGAUUCUGAGGAAUAACAGAUUGAACGGACUGACUUAAUGCACUGAUCUUGUUCAAGUUCUUUUAAGGUCUGUUGUGUUCAUUGAUUGUGUUUCCUCGGUCGAUAAUCUGCUCUUGGUAACAUGCUGUCUUGACACUCUUGCGACGUUGCCUCGCCAACUUGUAACCCGAGUGUGGCUUUUGUUUUAUUUUCUCCUGCUCACAUGGACUUUAUUUUCAGUUCUAAAUGUAGAAUGCCUUUAAGCCAAACGUGGUUUGCUUGGUGUUAAAUGUGUUGCACAUGUUGUUUGAUCAAGGAGCAACAGUCCAGCUCUUGCCGCGCAUGUGCGUGAUGGGAGCAGAGAGAUAAAACAGGGUGGGGUCCAGGCAGGCAGCCUGAAGAGUUUGUUGCCUUUCUGUUUGUAGUGUGUAGCAGUGCAGGCUUCAAGAUUGCACUGCUUGAAAAAAGCACUCAGUCUCAGGUGAUCUUCUCACUUGCCAAAUGAUGAAAACAAAAAUGGUGUAGAUUACGUUUUGAUUGCACUGUUUCAAUUCAAGGUAGGAGAAUAUAGAAGGAAUUUCAGAUUCAAUUUUGAAAAACAGAUUCAAUAAAGAGAGGAGAUAUGCACAAAGAUGCAAGGCAGCUUUCAAAGACUUUAAAUGACAUUCCCUUUUUGUCCUGCUGCAUCAGCAGCCACAAUGUUUCUUCAGAUCGGUGAAGCCAGAUGUGACCCAAAGGAUGGCACAAAUGCUUGAAAAGCCAAGCUGGGAAGCAAAACAAGGACUCCGGGUCCUAUCCGGAGACAUCCGAAUCCAGUUGAAAUGAGUUGUACAUUUGUUUUUAAAACUCAUUCAACUACAGAAGUAGUUUAGGCUCCGAUCAUGCUUGGCCUUAAUUAAGCACUUUUUUUACUGAAAUAAAACUGCUCAUGUCUGGUUGAGGUCUGGAGAAACAAUUUGAACAAUUACCAAUGUAGAUAGUUAAAGUAGAGUUUGAAUUUAUAGAAUUACUCAUGUCUGCAUACACAGUGUGUUAUAUGUUCAUCUGUAAUGUGAGGGGUUCAUGAUUCGGCAGCAAACACAGUGGCCUUGAUGAACUGAUUUUAACAUGCUGUAUCAUUUAUGUUAUCCUUAAUAAUCAUCAUCCUGUUUUCUUUCAGUCCUAGAGAUUACGGUUUAGUUCAAAAGGACAAAAAGGGAAAAACAAAAAGUCCUUCAAAGCGUGCGUUGAUCAUGCCACUUUUGAGUUGAAUGGGUUUUGGAUUUGUUUUUUCAGUUAUGAGUUCUGAUGAUUACUGUUGGGCAUUCAGUGUUUGUUUUUCAGACAAACGACCAUUAUACAGAUCCUCUUGUCUCGAUUAUUAUGGGAACAAUAGCUGUAGCACACCUCAGAGAAAUGGAUGACCCAUUUCAGGCCUGAAGAGAUGAUUAUAAGAAGAGAAUGAUCUGCUUCUCUGUUGUGUUUUAUAGUUUAAAAUUGAACCAAAAUUGGCCACUAAUGAAAGAAUAAGCUUAAACACAAAGAGAAAAGUGCUUCUUUUUGUGGUUGGUCAAUACUAUAGUCUAACGCUUGGCCUUCCGUGUAGUCCAGUGUUAAAGCUAAACUCUUGACUUUGUCAAGCAACACCUUUAGUGGAAAUAUGGUAUGUUUUAGAAAUUAAGUGCAAUAUUUCUUGAGUUUAUUUUGUCUCAGUGGUAUAUUUUGUCUCAUUUCAUUGUGAUUUCAUUUCAGAGGUCAUUAUGAACAUUAGAUAAUGAAUAAAAUGUAUGUUCAUAAUGGUUUUAACUUUUGUCUUAGUUCUUCCUUGGAAAUAAAUAAACCUCUAAAAACCA